GUAUGUGGCAAAAUGUCGUGAAAUCGUAAAAUUAUGGAUGAUAGUGGUCGGGAAGAGAAGCUGGCCGCAGCCAGAAAAAAGCUUAAGAAAUUUCAACAAAAACGGACGCCUUCCUCGAGUCCGCUGAUGAAUUCGAGGGAUGUGAAACAUAGAGUAGAUUGUUCGUCGAUUUAUUCACCGAGUUCGUCGGAAUCAGGAGGGGUCUUGUCAACAGCAGACGACGAAGUAACUCAUAUCCCACACAACCCACCUUUAUUACCUGUAAAUGGAUCACAUCUUUCAGAGGAGCUCAGCGCUCAAUCUCAAGAAUUUGCUGGUAGAGCUGUUGAUCAUCCUUCUUCAUCCGGUUCAAGUGACAGAGAAUACUCAACCACUGAAAAAAUAAAACAACUAUGUUCACAAAUAAAUGGACUUACAGUCAGCCAGGAUCACUAUAUCAAUGGUGAAGAUCCACUUUUUCAUGAAAUCAAGUCUCUGGAGAGUAGAAACCAUGAGCUUGAAGACAGAGUGCAGUCAUUUAGGAGAUCUAAUGAGCAACUGAAUAGUCAAGUUAAUGAACAGAGAAGGCAAAUAAUACAGUUUCAGGAACAGAUAAAACGAGAAAGAACAGAAUUAGCAAACAAACAGCUUUUGGAACAAAGGUCACUGAAAGAACAGCUUGAGGUUCAUAUUCAGACAAUAGGUAUUCUAGUGGGAGAGAAACAGGAGUUACAGAGUACUGUGUCCCAACUACAGAGGAAAUAUGAAAUCAAACAAAGUGAAAACACAGAACUAACCAGCAGAUUACAAACUGUUCGACAAAAAGCAGCUGAGCUUGAGAAAAAUCUAGCAAAUGUAACUGCAACCUGUGAAAAGCAUGAAGAUGAUGUGAAGCAACUUCGACAAGAAAGAGAUAAAUACCAGACAGCUAAUUACACGCAAAAUCAAGAAAAAGAAGAACUUUUACAACAAAAUGCUGAACUAAGAGUCAAGUUAGAAUCCAAGGUUUCUGAAUGUGAAGAAUUGAGCAAGACGGAAUCAGAAUUAUCAUUUAAGUUGAAACAGGCUCAACUUGUUGUACAACAGCUUUCAGGAGAGCCAAACUCUUCAGCAAGCCACCAAUUAAUUGAGCAAUUACAAAGCGAGAAAACCGAACUUGAGAGUAGAUUAGAACAGGUUAAUAAUACUGUACAAAGAAUUGCAACAGAUAAAGGAGAGCUCCUACAACAGCAUGCAGAUGAAGUAGACCAGUAUGAAAGGACGUUAAGGGCUUUGAAAGAUGAGGUGGAAUCACACGACAGAGAAAAGAGGCUUUUGAUUACGAAGGAGAGUGAACUGCAAGAUACAGUACAGAGUUUGCAGAAGGAAUUGGCUGAUCUGCGAGACAAGGAAGCAAGUCUACAAGUAGAAUCAACACAACUGGCCGCAGCAGAGAUUGAGAGAUUAGCAGAGGAUAAACAGAGGCUAGCUGAGCACCUACAACAACAGGGUAGAGAAAAUGCAACACUCGUGAGGGAGCAGGAGAAAUAUUUACUGAGAAUACAGGAGCUAGAGACAGCUUUAGCCCGUCUGGGUGAGGAGUCGAUCGAUAAAGCCACUCUCUUGGAAAGUGUUCAGAAUGACAAGGAGACCAUCAGCAGGGCUUUAAAACAGAAUAAAGAGUUAAAGACCAAAGCGGAAGAAUUGGAAGAAAGAUUUAUAAAAAUGAGUCAAGAGAACAUGGAGCUCACAACACGUUUGGAAACUGAGCAACAUAUGGCUAAAGAACUCGCAACAAAACUGAGCGAUAUGGGAGUUGAACUGGAAGAGUCCAAACAAAUGCUCCUGGUGAGGAAUUCUGAGGUUCAGUCACUCGCAGCAGAACUACAAACUGCUAACAACAACCUUAGAGAGGAGGUAAUUAAAGGAGAGAGUGUGAUAUCUUCACUCCGAGAUGAACUUGAUGUCUCUUCGCAAAAGUUCCUUGAUCAGAUCAAGCAGAAGGAAUUUGAAAUCUCUGCGAUUCGUGGAGAAAUUGAUAGAUCAUCUGAACCAUUUAGAGAACAGCUGGCCAAGAAAGAAUUUGAAUUGGCCACUCUUAAGGAAGAGCUAAGCCAAUCAGAGGCGAGGCUGACUGAACAGUUCCUUUUGAAUGAGGACAGUCAGACGAACAAGAAUGAGGCUGAACUUGCGAGCAGUUUACAACAAGAACUUCGGUUAGCUCAGGAAUCGAUCAGGACAUUAACAAUGGAAAAUUCCCAGCUGAAGGCAAUGUUAUCGAGUAUAGAGAACCAGAGCAGCAUGGAGCCGUCACCCGGCGAGAGUUCAGAUGACUUAGAUGACCCAGCAGUGACUCACACAGGUCACAUGGACAAUGAAGAUGGUGCCCUUAACAUCAAGAAGCUUCCUCCUGACGAGACCUCGAUACAAGCCCUGAAGAAGACAUUGGAGGAGUCAUCUCCAUACAUGAAUGGAGAUGUGAGCGAAGGAGAGAGUCCUGUGGACACGGACUCCAGUGAGGAUAUGAAUAUGGCACCCAACAACAGCUCCCCGCUCCCUCCCCCACCAUCCAAAUACACCAGCAGAGAAGACAUGGUUGAUUCUUUGUCUGCGUCCAUCCGACAACUGGAGAUGGAGCGAGACCAGCUGGCCGACAUUUUGCAUCGAACCCAAGAUCAACAGGAAGGCGACAUGAUGAGAUUACAACAACACCUGGAACUGCAGCUCAAACAGCAGCUCCAACAACAAUAUAGACAGGUGAACGAGCAGUUCCAGCAACAACUUCAUGAGCAGCAGCAGAAGAUUCAACUGCUGCAAGCUGUGGUUGAAAAACAGAAAGAACAGAUCGAGAGAAAGGAAGAUCCUGAACUACCCAACAUUCCACUUGAUCAGCUCAGUGAUAAAGACAUGUCACACGAAGCAAUCAAGAUGGCUUUCAGCAAACUGCAGGCGCGGUUCAUGAAAUUAAUGAAUGAAAAAGCGUCCCUUAUCGAAAGAAUUCAGGAACUUGAACAUGUCACCAUACAACUGUCUCACGAAACGGAGACCAUUGGGGAGUACAUCACUCUUUAUCAGACCCAGAGGAAUGCUUUGAAGUCUUAUUACAAAGAUCGAGAGGAAAUCAUCGCCCAGUUGUCAAGUGAAAAGGCCAACAUGCAGGACAAAAUGAACCAACUGCAAGAAUUGGUCAAACGUAUGCUGGAGGAAAGAAAAGAACUGAGAAUCCAGCAACAUCAGUUACAAAACGUUAUAAGCAGCCGGAUGGUAGCGCACGAACACGAAGCUGUCAUUUCUAGUUAUCAACAAGGCGACGAGGUAAUCGUACCGCAGGCGGAAUUAAGCUUAGAAAGCGAAACGAACAGUCAAAGCUUGGAAGAAAGUGAUAUGUCGAAAAGCUCAAGCGUUGAUGAGACAGAAAACGAACUAAAUCUACUUCAAAAUGAUGAGGAGUUUGAUCAAAAUGAUGGAACUGCUCGUCAAAUUCUACAAAUUUUAGAACAGUUAGGACCUUCAGAAGAUGGUACUCGUAAAGGUUGGAUGUCACCUGAUGUACGCAGUAGAGAAUUCUUACCGUGUCGAUCCUGCGGAGGACGCGUCCUUAGAUUAUAGUCUUAAACAAAAUUAUUUUAGCUGAAAUCAUAAGUAAUGGGUACAAGAAGUGGUAGCUGAGGUUAUGAGUAGACAAAGGAAUCUGUCUAGCCAACAUAAGUAGGAUACACAGGGUUCGCACGGAUCAUGAAAAUCCUGGCCUGAGUGAGUACGAGUGGUGAAAAGGAAGGGAAAGUUACUGAAAAAAUAUAUAUUUUUUGAGAUUGUGAAGGAAAACUGCCCUUUUUACUUGAUCGUUAUUACGAUGUUCUGGAGCCAACUUCUCGAUCGUAGGACAUGGAAAAGGUCUGGGAAAAGGUCCCUGGGAAGGUCUUGGAAUUUUAUGAUUCCUGAAGAGUACGAACCGUGAUACAAUGAACCUGAGUAGUGGUCAGAAAACGAAGAAUGGGUUACUGGCUGUGAUCGAAGGCCCAUGAACAGCGGAUCUCAAUCAGUCAUUAGGGAACUUAAGCAGUCACGACGGCAACGCCACGGAAGACGUCGAUUAAAAAAU